GUGAAAGGCGGAAAACUGCCUGGCUUAUAUGGUGGCCAUACAGGUUGUUCUGGGGGUGCUGCCGCCGAAGACUGCCUUAGCACACGACUCAUGUGGAGGCCGGGUGGUGCCGGGGAACCAUAUCUCGACUGUCGAUCCACUCGCAUUGCCUUGUAUUCCAAUCCCCAGUCAGUCUGCGAUUACGAGUAUGGGCUCUCAAUAGGCAGGGGGUCGUUCCACUAUAGCAGAGGCAAUUGGACGAACUUGCGCCAGGACAUCGUGCUCAACACACCUGGGAAGCAGGAUGGGGCGUUCACUUUGUUCAUGGACGGGAAGCAGGCGACAAACCGGACGGACAUAUUUUAUCGUGACGCACCUCAGCAGAAAAAGAAGCCGAAACCAAAGAUCACAUGCAAAUCUUCCACCACUUUCUUCGGCGGGCACGGAGACGGCUGGGCGACUCCCAAACAACAGUAUGCGUGGUUCAAAGACUUCGCCAUGACGCACAACUCCUGA